UUAACGGGGCCCGUAGAGCUGUUCUGUUUUCGUUUAUGAUGAGGAUUUCAAAAGUUUUGAAAAUAACACAAUAAAACUACCAGCUAAAGAAACAAUAUGGACUGAUUUGGAUGCCAGAACCUUCUUUUCUAUCCUUUAAAUAUUGACUUUAAAACAUGGCUUCGGGCCCGUUAAGUUACCAGGACUUUCAAGAAAUGGACCCUUGCUCACUUCAACAACGGCAGCUUUCAUCGUAGUCUUCUAUAGGAUUACACAAGUGGGGCCGUACGGUUAUAUACACCGAGCGAGAUAUAUGAGUUAAAAAUGCAAACUUUUAGACUUGUAAUUAGCUGAGAUUAAAACCAUUUUUACCUCUCUAUUUCAGGUUGAUUUGGAGAGAGUGCAGUUGAACUCGGACCGGAUGGAGCACGCAUAAGACUUUUACAACAGAAAUGAUUUUCAGUAAACUUGAAUGGAAAUGAAAAUCCCUCUGAGAAACGAGGAGCUGAGUUGAACACUGCCUCGUAAGUUGGUGAUCGAUUCUGUGGUUGCUGAUCUCAUUCUGUACGCUACUGGACAUUUUCACACACGAAGGAGAGCUCAAUACUGCCUCGUAAGUUGGUGAUCGAUUCUGUGUUUGCUGAUCUCUUUCUAUUCGCUACUGGAUAUGUCCACCUACGAAGAUACCAGCGGCUCAAGCUUUGGAGAUUUUUCUGGAGAAUUUUAUGCCGCGCCAAGCAAACCCUGCAAGGUUUUCGUCAAAAAGUGUGUGUUCGACGUCAAUGUAAAUGGAGGUGGUCCCGUAGCAGUCGGCACUCAUGCUAACAUCACCGGCGUCUCAGGGAGUCAACCAACGGAGGAAUACGAAAACUCGCCCUCUCCGCAGAGCCACGAAACUGAUUCGAAGUCUUACUAUUACACUAGGAAUUAUGAGGGAGAUUAUUGUCCUCACAAUUAUUAUAUACAAAAAAUUGUGGCAGACUGGACUCCAAAACCACUCAAUGGAAUUCUUAUCCAGGAAGGUGAAUUUGAUUUCCAGUGGUCUGUCGAAUCCUUUCUUGAAAAUCCAGAAAAGUUUAUUCGAGAAAUGGACACCUGUGCUGGUUCGCUGAGGGAGGAAAAAGAACUGUUCAUACUGCGCGGUAUUUUGCCAUGCCUAGAGCAAGAAAUGUGGGGCAAGUCGGGUUCUAACAACAUUGAUGUCUACAAGGUCCUUGCUCAUGUAAGCAGCAGCCGAGGUAGCGGUGACAUUGCAAAGCAUUCUCUACAACAACUUCAGCAUCUGCUAUACAGGGAUUGUAUUCAGAGUGCUAAGCAAAAUUUGUUGAGUGUGGAAAAGAUACUACGAUUAACAAUCGUUUCCCCAGAUGGAGCAUUCAAGGAAGAGGCAGACUCAAUACGACUUUCUAGGCUGAAAGUAUACGGGUGCAUUCUCUCGGAGCUGAUCAUCCACCAGAAUCAAGCAGGGUUCUCUAAAAUUGAUUCAAAGAACAACUUGAAGCAGCUUCGGGAAAUUAAAAACUUUUUCAGUAAGAUCUCCUGGAAAAAGAAAGACAUUUUAAGAUACUCUAUAGAGUUCAUCCAGCAAGCCAUUUCUUACCUUACGCAGCCCCUCAAUAAGACACUGACUUCAAAUUUAGGAAAUUACCUCGAGGAAUGCAAGAGAUACUUUGCAAACUCUGGCAUUUCAAAUGAGGAGUUGUCACUUCUCAAAAAGCUGAAGAAAUCUGGAAUAAAAUGGUGCGAGCUGCACUGUAUACUUUAUUACCUGCACGGGAAGGUCCACACAGAACGUCCGGAACAGGGAAACCAAGAGUGGAGGACCAUGGACCUUCUAGAUCUUGUGCUGAAGGCUCAUCUCGAUGGGGGAGGAGGAGACGACUGGAAGUUUUGUUUGCUGGCGUCAUCUAUACUAUCAGAGAUCGCAAUGAAGAAUGCGAUUAAAGCAUUGCGAUUAAAGGCAAGUUCAUGUCUGGAUCAUCUUCGUAAAAAUGAAAAAGCAAGUAAGAGACCAGAGUGCAGAGCUAUAAUUGACCGCUUCUCUAGAGAGAUGCUGUUUAGUCCUGAUAGUUCUAUCACCAGCUUGUUGGUAACACAUUUCUAUGACAACCAAACUGAGCAGUACACGCUUCCGACAGAGCUCCACAAUCAGCACCUAGCGUCAAGUUACAGGACGCACAAUUUGGAAAUUGACAACGUGGUAACUACUGAGCCAAGUCGUGAAACCUCGCGUUGUUUUGUCAGUCACGGUGUAUUGAAACGACAAGAAGUGGCGGUAAAGGUCCUAGCCGUUUCUAAGGGGGAUCUCGCACCGAAAGAGUCAUCAACGCAGUCGGAGGCGAUGAAGCGACUACGUAAAGAAGCAUACAACCUGUGGCAACUAGGCAACUUAGAGCUGAACCAUCCAAACAUCCCUUAUCUUCUCGCUUACAAUACUGUAAACCUUCCUCAUCACAUAAUUACUCCAUAUGAAAAGUACGGCAAUCUUGUCCACUUUGUGAGGAGCUCACGUGAAUGCAGGCCUUUGUCUUCAGGUACUCUUUACAAAAUAAUAAUUGGAGUCAUAGAAGCCCUUCAAUUCCUGCAUCAAAAGCUAAAUUUGGUUCAUCGAGCUGUUACGGCAGAAAACGUUCUGGUUGGCGAUGGUUACGUUCCCAAACUUGGUGGAAUGCAUUCCCUAGGGGAGCUACAACGCGGAGUAAACAAGGACGGUAACAGUUCACCUGACUACGAUUAUGCCGAGAACUACGAUGGCUUAAAAGAUUUCAUCGGCGAGGAAGAUGAAACAUUAUCGGUGAGAUACAAAGCUCCAGAGACUCUUUCAAGUAAUCGCUAUUCCAUUGCGUCUGAUGUGUGGGCUUUAGCAGUGUUUUUGUACGAGACGCUCACCUUAGGUUGUCGUCCAUACAGAGGCUUACAAAAGGAUGAAGAUGUUCGCCGUUAUGUUUUGCAAACGACCGACGAUGGAAUAUUAGAGAUAUUACCCAAAGAAAGUUGCAUUAAGGAUGAUGAAUACAGCCUAAUGAAGCAGAGCUGGGAAAAAGAAAGGAGUAAAAGAAUCGACCUGUCUAAGCUCAGAGAAAAAUUCAUAGAUAUGCGAAAAAAGAUAGCAUGCUCAGGUGAAGAGGAAACGCGGCUUGACCCACCAAGUUUAGAGAUGAGCAUUGAAAGUGAACCUCAGCAAUCACAAGGAUCAAUUGAGUCUGAGAUUUAUACAACCAUUUCAGAAUACGGCGACGUUGAAUCAACUUCAGGAACCAUCUACUGUGAAGAAGACACAUACCAGCCUGUAUGUGUAGGGUAUGGUGCUCCUGAAACGCUUGUGGAUCUACCGACAAAUUAUCAACAGGAUGCCAUGAAAGAGAAAAUUCCUGUAGGAGAUAAACAACACUUGAGGAGACUUCUUUGUCUCAGCAAUAGUUUUCUUCUUCCCAUCAGUCGGAUAGACCAUUUAGAUUCCCGCAGUCCAGUCGUUGACAUUAUCUCACCACGAUCACCCCUUGGGAAUUUGAAGGAAUUUAUCCUUAGCAGAAGAUGUCCGUUGGAAAACAUCGUCACUUUCCUCUGCCAGGUUGCCACAGCUCUACAUUAUCUUCACGUAAAUCAUAUCGUGCACGGAGAUCUUCGGCCUGAACACGUUUAUGUGGUGGCUCCAGACCAGGUCCAGCUUGGUCGCCUCGGUCGCUCCAAAUCUCUAACAAUGAGUGCCUAUGAAGCCACCAGCACUUCAUGUGUCGUAGAGGCUGUCAUGCCUCCUGAUUCCACUCGUUGGAGCGCACCAGAGGUGAUCCAAGAUAGCCUCUUUUCUCACGCUAGUGAUGUGUGGGCGUUUGGAAUCUUAGCAUGGGAAUUGUACACUGCAUUUGCAGCUGGACAACAGAAUAGAAUCGCUGCAUUGCCCUACGGCAAUAUUCCAGCAGAUAAGAUUCUAGAUCAUAUGAAAGAAAAUGGACCUCUUGAUCAACCUAGCGGCUGUCCUUAUUGGGUUUACAUUCUAAUGCAUCAGUGCUGGACAUAUGAACCAGUGGAGAGACCUCCUUUUAUUGCAAUCAUUGAUUGUCUCUCAAGAAGGGAACCGAUGUUGUCAUGGGUGAUGCAAUUGUGGCUGAACACACAUGAGAAGAGUGAAUGGCCGGUUUUGUCAGUAUCCCAGCCUGAGGAUGCUAUUCACGUGACAAACGCCGAGGAACACCCAUCCAGAGAAGAUAUUGAGAAAAUGUGCUCUCAAGGCUUUUUUAACCCUCACAAAUACCUUUAUGUUGAUAGCGUUCGCCAAAACGAGACGGACACCGCUGAAGUAUACGACUACGCCUACACAGAUUCUCAGUUGCCACCACCGCCUGGUUCCCCUGCAUUCCACCAGUCAACCCCAAGUAAUUUAUCUGAUGGAGGGUUAAACGUUGCUGGCCAGUAUAAAACGAACCAACCGCAUAGUGCGACAGAAAUGGUGUUCGAAGAACCUUCACAUUGGAUAAUUACAAAUGACGAAGGUAAGACUGAUUCAGCUAAGAGCAACGAUUCCUUCACUUCGCACCUUGAAAAAUCCCACUCAGUUGCCAAUGAGGACCAAUGUCUCCAAAAUCACAAAGAUAGCGUAGCUGGCGUUUACUCGCUCUAUGGUGAUUCUAAUUAUAAGAUAUUUGUGGACGAACAUUCUUCUGAUCAAGCGACAGGUGGGGCUAGGGGCCACUCAACUUGUGAUGAAAGUGCCAAGGAUUACUCUGAAGAGGAGCAGAUUUUGCAUGCAGGCUACAAAGACUUUGCCUUAACCAGAGAGUAUUGCAUACCAAUGAGAAAUAACCAAGAGAAGCCAGAAACACCAGGUUACAUCAACGUGCCAGCCAAGACCAUUGCAAAAACACCAGGUUACAUCAACGUGCCAGCCAAGACCGUUGCACAGCAUUCCCAGUCAGCACACAGCAACGAAGGCACUGUCGUAGAUUCCUAUACGUGCGUGGACCUUCUUGGUCCAGUUUUUUGGCAAAGAUCGACAGAUAUUGUUACCACAGAAUCCUUUAGUUGCAACGAACAUGACCUGGAGCACCAGCCAAGCUUAGAGUUACAUGAAGAUAUUGCCAUUCAACUUCUAUUGAAGGAUGCAGACAUCCUUUACCUCAGAGAGGUGCAAAGAAGAAAAUAUGAAGAAAAACUACAGGAGAGUUGGUAUCAAGACCAGAGUUCACCACUUCAGCAAGUACUCUUUCAAGAACAUCUAGAUGUGCAUGCAAACGUUUCGACAAAUUUGGAUGUGGGCUUACGAAGUUCUAUGUAUGCAGCUAUGAAAUCCAUCGGGUCAAGGUUGGUGGGCUGCGACACAGAAACUACCUUAUAACUUUUUAUCUAUCGAAAUAAUUUCAGCAAGAAUUUUUAAUCAAGUUUAGUUAGAAGUAACGUUGUUCAGAUUGGUGAUUAUAGUAAGGUGUGACCCGAUUCUUUACCAAUUACAGCAAAGACAUUUUCUAUGAAAUAGUCAUAUAAAAGCUAUAUAUUCACAAAGCAAUGAAGAGAAUAAUUACAAGACUUCUAAGGUAGAGGAUUGGACAUCCGAGUUGUCUAGCCAGCCCCUACCUGCUUGAACGCCGUUUGACGUUCAAAUAGCUGCUGGACAAUAGAGACCUUAAGCACUAAUGACGGCAACGGCGAAGAAAAUGUCAAUUAAAAAAUGUCUCGAUGUGUUUACUGUCUCUUGCGGCUCCAUACGUCAACUUCAGUAUCAUCUUGGUGAGCGGGGCUAGGUUCCAGAUUUAAACUUAAAUAAUUUGCCGUCGGUGUUUCCAUUCCCGGACAACGUAAAUUUUGGUGAUUUCACGUUGUUGUUUGGCAGGAGACGGCUAAGAAAUAUACAACGUUUUAAAAUAAACGUGCUGAGCUAUUAUAGAUCUUUUGUUUUGCUACGUCUCCGUUGCCGUUGCGUCAUGGUUUGCUUUAGGUCCGUAAUACCUCUUUUAGAGCUGUUUCAAAAUAACAGUGAUAAUGAUAAUAUUUACAGUAAUCACGUUGAAUAUGGAUCAUAUUUGCAAACAAAAUUUGAAUUCGCUCUACUUUGGAGUAGAGCCAAAUUUAGGGACCAGUCAUAUUCAUCACCUGUACAGUAGAGGGGGGACGAUGCCAUGGUUUUUAGGGGCAAUGGAGUUGGUGCCAGUCGUCGCAAACAGAGCACAAAGGGGGGGGGGCGCUAUAGAAAAGUGAGUCCUAAUUGGCUGCCAUAUCAUAUCAGAAGAAUGUCGCACAGAGCCUGGGGGGAGGGGAAUCGGGUAAUUUUUAUCCUGACAAAACCAAACUCCUCCCUCUCCCCCACUAGGCGAAGAAUGAUGACCGGAGUGUCAAUCGCUAUUAAAAGUCACAUGCAAGAGCUAGAUAUCUGUCUAU